AUGGGUCCAUUUUCGUGUGUUGUGAUCGGCGAAGGGAACGCGGCUUUUAAUUGCCUGCAACACUUAUUGGACAAAGGAUGUGCUGUAAAUGUGGUUUUCACAAACACCGAAGAUAUCUUUAAGUUCUGUGAUAGUAGGGAGCUUCGCGUGCUGAAGAGAAACGCUUGCAUCGAGGAGUGUAUUGAGGCUAAAAGCUUUGACUACUUGUUCAGCGUGAACAAUCCUCGAAUCCUGUCUCCUGAAGUCCUCAGCUUACCUCGAUGUUUCAGCAUCAACUAUCAUGAUUCCCCGUUGCCUCAGUAUGCAGGGGUCAACGCCACCUGUUGGGCCCUGCUGCGAGGGGAGACUACUCAUGGCAUCAGCUGGCACAUUGUGGAGCCGGGCAUUGACACAGGCGACAUUCUCCAGGCGCAGUCGGUUCAGUUCCCGUCAGCAUGA